AUGCCUGCCCCGAUACCACCCAGGCUGCAACCCAAGCCCACCCUUCGUCUACACCUGGACGAUAUCAGUCAUCCGGCCAGUCAAGUCGCGGCUGCUUCUCUGGAUAGUGGGCUCUAUCUUGCACGCGCAAUUGAGCAUGUCAUGGCCCACCUCUACACACCCUUCGGGUUGAGUGAUAUUCCCAAAGUCAGAUCGGUCACAGUGGUACUUCGGCCAAUGGGUGGAGUCGCAUAUACGACCGGAAUCCCGCUGGAUGAUCUACACAAAGAGAUUCAUCUCUCCCUCGACUACGCCCAUGGCGUCCUCUCACGGAAUCCACCGGGAAUUCGUCAUGAGCUCUCUGGUGUCAUCACCCAUGAAAUGGUCCAUUGCUUUCAGAACAAUAGUCACGGCACCGCUCCGGGAGGUCUCAUCGAGGGUAUGGCAGAUUUUGUCCGACUGAAGGCUGGGCUAGCGCCACCGCAUUGGAACCGUUCACCCGAGAAUAGAGGGAAAAAAUGGGAUGAAGGCUACCAGAAGACGGCAUGGUUUCUGGAGUGGCUAGAAGAUCAGCAAGGUUCGGGCACUGUGAGCCGGAUGAAUGAGACGAUGGGAAAAGGCAAAUAUGACGAAGACAAGUUCUGGCGAGAACUGUUCGGAGAAACAGUCCACAAGUUGUGGAGCCAAUAUGAGGCUACUUGGAAGGUUCAAGAUCAACCUACAGAGUCUGCAGCGUCACGAGAACCAGACACUGCAUCACAACCAGAAGUGGUCAACUUAGAGAGGACGGAGGAUCAUGAGGCAGCGGCAGGGCCGAAAAAGCCUCAGAAGUUCGUCGGUUAA